AUGCGUGGUACACACCUAUGGAUGGCCCUAACCGGCCUUGUGGCCACAGCUUCUGCGGCGGCCCUUCCUGCACCGCAGCCCAAGAGCGUGUUUGAAAAAAGAGAUACGUGCUCGGGUCCUGUUGCCUCUUCUCCUACCUCGUAUUGGAUGGCGGACCAGGAUCACACGGGCGUUACUCGAGGAUAUGCUCCUGGAGUGAAGAAAAACCCCAACUAUCCCGUCUGGCGAAACGUUCAACAUUAUGGUGCCUCGGCGGACGGGUCUGGAGACCAGACCGGUAGCAUUCAGAACGCUAUCGAUGACGACGGGUCUGGUGGUAGCCGUGAGGGCAAGGGCGUCACUAAGUUUCCGGCGGAAGUGUUCCUACCCGGCGGCACUUAUCAGCUCGGAAGCACUCUGAAUCUUCGUGUUGGUACUGUCAUCACCGGCGAUCCUCUGAACCCACCUGUGUUGAAAGCCUCUGCCAACUUCAACGGCGACACGGUGAUCAAUGGAUACGACGGCGCGCACGGGGCACCGGAGACCAGCUUCAUGACUCUCGUGCGCAACGUGGUCAUUGAUACCACUGCCUUGAGUCCCGAUGCUGCGAUCACGGCCCUUCAAUGGGGCGUUGCCCAGGGUUCGGGCUUGACCAAUGUCAAGAUCAAUAUGCCCUACAAUUCCAACGGGCAGGUUGGCAUCAACUUGACUGGUGGAUCCACGAUCGCGGUGACUGAUGUCCACAUCCACGGCGGUGCUAUUGGCAUUAAAAACUCCAACCAGCAGGUCAAUUUCAAGAACGUUUACUUCCAAGGCUGUACUCUUGGCUUCAAGGGCGCUGGUGGAUGGACCGCCUUGCUCCAAGGCGCUACCUUUGACUCCAACGGUGUUUGCAUCGACAUGACCUCCAACCAGUUGGGUAGUUUGACACUCUUAGAUUCCAAGGUGACCAAUUCCGGCACGGUCAUCAAAUUCCACGACUCUUCCAACGACGGAGGCAACCGCCAGAGCCAGCUGUUGAUCGAGAAUUUGGAGCACGAUACCGAUCACCCUAUUGCUGUUACAAGCAAUGGCGAUGUGAAGCUCGCAGCCACCGGCCACGUCGACACUUGGGCCUGGGGAAACAUUACUCCCGGCGUGUAUGAGACCGGUAGCAGCUUCUCUACCUCUCGCCCCGAUGUGCUGUUGUCAAACGGCAAAUAUGUUAUGCGCACCCAGCCCACUUAUGCCGAGUAUGCCGCUGACCAGGUUGUCAACGUCAAAAAUGUCGACGGCUACCCCGUCAAGGGAGACGGUAGCACGAGUGAUGUGGCCUCGUUGAAUGCUAUUCUUGCUCAAAAUGCUGCCAACUGCAAGAUUUCUUACUUCCCCUACGGUGUUUACAUUGUCGAUGAUACCCUCAAGAUCCCUAUUGGAUCGCGGAUCGCUGGUGAGGCCUGGGCUGUCAUUUCUGGCAAGGGUGACGCCUUCAAGGAUGCUUCCAACCCGAAGCCCGUCGUCCAAAUUGGACAGCCUGGUGACGUGGGUGUCCUCGAGAUCCAGGACAUGCGCUUCGGUUCCGGUGCCAGCCCCGGAGACGUAGCCAUGUGGAACACCAUGGUUCUUUUGGGUGGUACUAGCGAUACCAGUAUCUCUCAAAACUGCCAAGACCAAGACACCUCGAAGUGCAUGGCAGCCUUCCUUGGCAUGCACCUGACAUCCUCCUCUUCUGCCUACAUCGAGAACCUCUGGGUCUGGACCGCCGAUCACAACCUUGACAAUGGGGGCUCUGCGUAUACAGUCAUCUCUACUGGCCGCGGUAUUCUCGUAGAAGCCACCAAGGGUACCUGGUUGACCGGCUCUGGAUCAGAGCACAACUGGUUGUACAACUACAACUUCCACGCGGCCGAGAACGUUUUCGCUGGUAUGCUGCAGUCCGAAAGUCCCUACAUGCAGGGAUCAGGCGCUACUCAGACUGCUCCAGCUCCCUGGACCGCCGAGUCUGCUUACGGUGACCCUGACUUUUCCUGGUGCGGCGGCGGCGACCAGAAGUGCCGCACCUCGCUGGCCACCAAUGUCGACGGCGGCAAGAACGUGCUGCUGUACAACAGCGCUGCCUGGGCAUUCUUUGAUGGGCCUUGGUACAGAGACUACGGCACCCAGUGCUCUGGCUCCUGCCAGACCAACAUGAUGCGCGUCGCCAACAGCCCCAACAACCUGGCAUGGUACUCCAUCAGUACCAGAAAGACCGAUGUUAUGAUUCUCGAUGGCCAGUCUAACCCUACCGAGUACAAUCACCCUGGUAGCUGGGAAGGUCUCAUUCAGGCUUACACGCAGUUCGCCGCAUAA